AAAGUUCCAUUUUCUUAAAGUUAAUAUAUAAAGAAAGCCUUCCUAGAGCCAAAUGGUCAUCGAUCGAAUAGAGUCCCAAUCCAAAACAUUUCAAAGACAAAUCAAAUUCGUAAGAUAUGGCCGGUCUUCGAGCGAAGACGUUAAUAUUCGUUCUGGUGGCCGCGUUAGCGACUCUAGAUCACACAUUUGUGGAGGCAGACUUCAUCAAGAAUAUGAUAGUUACAUGGGGCCAAGAUCAUAUUGGUAUGACUGGUGACAACCUUAAGCUUGUCCUAGACCAAUCUGCAGGAUCUGCUAUCCGAUCAAAGGUGGCUCAUUUGUUUGGAAGCGUAGAAAUGUUCCUCAAACUUGUGCCUGGGGAUUCUGCUGGAACCGUUGUAGCCUAUUACUUAUCAUCUACGGGAACUGCACACGAUGAGAUAGACUUUGAGUUCCUAGGAAAUGCGACUGGUGAGCCGUACACGAUCCACACCAACUUAUAUGUUCAAGGGAAAGGAAACCGAGAGCAACAAUUCCGGCCAUGGUUCAACCCGACCACUGGUUUCCACAACUAUACCAUCCAUUGGAACCCAUCCGAAAUUGUGUGGUUCGUCGAUGGAACUCCGAUCAGAGUUUUUAGGAACUACGAGAAAGAAGGAAUCGCAUACCCGAACAAGCAAGGUAUGAAAGUGUUUGCCAGUCUAUGGAACGCAGACGAUUGGGCAACACAAGGAGGUCGAGUGAAGACUAACUGGACGCUAGCACCAUUUGUGGCCGAGGGUCGUAGGUACAGGGCAAGAGCUUGCUUGUGGCAGGGAUCAGUCAGCAUCAAGCAAUGCGCAGACCCAACUGUGCCGUCUAAUUGGUGGACAUCACCAUCGUUUAGCCAGCUCACUACUUUGCAGCUCACAAAGAUGCAAAAGAUAAGAGAUGGUUUCAUGAUCUAUGAUUAUUGCAAGGACACUAACAGGUUUGGAGGUGUUAUGCCUCCUGAAUGCUCGAAGCAGCAAUUCUAAUUAAAGUUUCUUCUUCCUUUUUUUUAAUAAUUUAUUUUUCUGAAUUUCUUUCUCGAUCGUAAUCUGUUUUUUUUUUUUUGGGAUUUUGGUGUGUGUCUUUGAUUCGUAAUUUGUGCAAUCAUAAUGAAGAAGGAGAAGUUUGUGUUUUUUUUA